GCCUCACGCAGGUAACCAAGAUAAGAACCACACAACAGGGACCACACACCUCAUAAAGAGUGACACAGAUGUUUUGGGCCUCUGACUUCUUUUGGUAAAAAUGCCCAAAAGUGACACUUGGCCGGGUGGGACUGAAAUGGAGACAAUGGACAGUGCCAGCAGCUGGGACAGCGUUGUGAGUGGCCAUUCUGCUUUUAGUGACGACAGUCUAGAGCACUUGUCUGCCGAGGAGAAAGCCUGUCUCAUGUUUUUGGAGGAGACCAUCGAGUCUUUAGACACGGAGGACGACAGUGGAUUGUCCAAUGACAAAGUGGACGUCCUGCCUGGCAACCUUACCUCCAGACUGGCGGACCUGUCAGCCUCCAUGAGCAAAGGCAAGCUCAAUGGUUUGCAAAAGCACAACUCUCUGGAAACAAUCAAGGAAAAAGUUGAGUCCAAGCCCAUUCAGAGCUACCUGGUUCCAACACCUUUUGUUUUGGCAAGCAAUUCCAGUUGCUCAGAACUUAAUGCCAAAGCUGGUGUCCAGCUGAAAAAGAAGAAGACUCUUUCAUUCAGCGAAAAUUGUUGUGAGAAGCCUGCUGGAUCUCAUGUACCCUUGGAGAUGAAUGUUGUGGUCCCUCCUGCAACCAAACCCAAAGACUCAGUGAGGACAGCUGAAGGUCCUUUGCCUAGAGGACCUCUAUCCUACGAUGCCCUUGUUUAUCUGCGGAGGAGCGCUUCCACAAAGAAAACACCUUUAUGUCCCACAGUAGAUCACACUAUAGACUUGGUGAAGUGUCCUCCGGUCAUCUCAGAACGUCCAAACCUUCGAAACAUGGUAAAGUCAGACAGAGCUGUCUCAGAGACAGGCAAAUUUAAAAUGGGUCCACCACCUGUUGCUCCGAAGCCAAAAAUAAUUCCUUCCAAUGGAUCAAUGAAGACACAAAAUGAAGCAGCCCCAACCUCAAACCCGUCGUAUAGUAUCAAGAAUGCAACAGAUCCCAAAGUUGUGAGACUGGAAGCUUUGCAGAAGCUAGGCCUCCUCAAAGACCAGCAGCCAGAAAAUGUGUCAGCGGCCCGACUGGAGCUGCCAAAAUGUCAUCCUUCUGUUGAUCCAAUGGGCAACAGAUUUUCAAAAGGUUCUAUGAACAUUAGCCCAUCAAGAAGCCCUUCUUUUUGUCAUGCUCAAGUAGCCCCAGGGCCCAGGAACAAGGGGCUGCAAAGUAGUGCUAGCUUCCACCAUUACCCACUUUCUUAUCCCAGCCAACCUAAUAAGUUGAAGGCAGAAGGUAGUGUAGAGUUUCCCACUGCAAAAGUCAACCUAAAAAAUGAUCCUGAACCACGACACAAAACAGCACCUCAGUCGGAGAAACAAUCUUUUGGGGCUCGGCAGAUUUCCCAAAAACCCUCAAAUGCUGUUGCAUACACAGUGAUGAUGGUGCCUGGAAUGGGAGCGGACAGAAAAGAGGCUCUCAGGAAGCUGGGACUGCUCAAAUACGAACACAUGUAAGCAGCAGAGGUCUUCCCAAGUUGAAAAGCAUUGUCAGCUCAAGGGAGUUAGGGCAUUAAGACGUUACUUGGCACUCUGAUCAAGAAAAGGAGAGGGUGAAGAACUUAAAGGAGCAGCUCUUUCCUUUCUAGAAACAACAAUAUCUAACUACAGUUUAUCCAAAAACCUCCUGUUCUGUUGUACUUCAAAGACGACCUGUAUCCCCAAAUUGGUUUGCUUUAGUCUUUCUUUGAUGUUUUACGGUAUAUUUUAUUUUACAUACUAUACUGUAGUUUGUUGGUUGAUGCUGGAAAAAAAGUAUAGCACACCUUUUAUUUACUACUUCUACCAAAUGUUCACAGGACUUGCUUGAGAAAUUCAGGGUUCACGUGUGUGCCUAAAAUCGGAUGCAAGACGUAAAGAUUGCAACUGGUAAUCUUUGUAAUUUUAUGAAAGCAGUAGAAAUGUUUAGAACUCUUGUUCCAACAUAUUUGGCUUCAUCAUCUGAUAUCCUUCACACUGAAAAGUAAUGGUCAUUUUUACCUUCUCUUUUUUCACUCAUGCUCAAAAAUAAAAAGUUCUGAAUGCA